AUGAGUAACUGUGCAAUCAUUACAAAGUUGAUUCCAUGGAAUUCAUUAACCAAAAACAUACAAAGUUAUUUACCUAUUGAAAUAAAUAUAUAUAUGACAACAAUUGGAACUAGCUUAAGAAACUUUGUUGAAAAUGAAAUAAUUGCACCAAUAAAAUGGGUAAAGAAUUCAUUAAUACUAGUUGAAGCUUGCUUGGAUAAAACAUGGGAGAUAUUAAAUUCUGGUCAUUGGCAAUUUGUCCCAAUUGAAUAUCGGUACUGUUACACAUUAUGUACUAUUUUAAAGGUAGUAUUAUUGGAAUUUCAAUAUAAUAGUAAUAAUAAAGAAUUUACAAAGAAUACAAUUUUGUUGAAAAAUAUUAUUCAGCAAGUUGAUAAAGGUAUUUUACUAGGAGCACCACUUCCAGAUAUAUCUGAUUUGUUACCAAGAAUUGCUUCAGAAUUAAAUAGUUGCAUUACAAAGUCAAUAGAAAUGUUGGAUUUAGACAAAUUAAUUAUUGAUGUCAAAAAUUUAUACGACUUCAUAUUGCCUGGAUUUACUGAAAUUGUACAAUAUAUUGAACCCUCGAUGGAAUUAUUUUAUAAAGAAAUAUUUAUGCCAAAGGUACCAGCAAUAUUAAAAGAUUGCAUCAAACAUUGGAAAGCUUUGAAGCAGUGGAAAGAUUUGAAGUAUUUAAUUAAUGUAGCCGGUCACCGAAUAGUACCUAUUGAAAUUGGUUCACGUUAUACUGAUGAGAAUUGGUCACAGCAACUUCUGAGUUUUUCAGAAUUUCUACAAAAAUAUGUAUUAACAAAGGGAGAUCAAGUUGGUUACUUAGCUCAACAUCAAUUAUUCGAUCAGAUACCAGAAUUGAAAGAUGAUUUUACAAUUCCAGAAUAUUGUAAUUUUACAGACAAUGAUGAUGUGGAGCAACCAGACAUAAAUGCCUGGUUUGGACCUAGUGGAACUAUUUCACCUCUGCAUUUUGAUCCCAAAAAUAAUCUUUUAUGUCAAGUGUUUGGUUAUAAAAGAGUUUUUUUAUAUCACCCAAAUGAUUCAUCUAAUUUAUAUCCAUAUGAUACAAGAUUACUUAAUAACACUGCACAAGUUGAUCCUUUGAAUCCAAAUUAUGAAAAAUGGCCUAACUUUAGUAAAACUAAAGGUUUGAUGUGUUAUUUGAAACCUGGUGACAUACUUUAUAUCCCUCCAAAAUGGUGGCAUCAUGUAACUUCCUUGACCCCAAGUUUUUCAAUUAGUUUUUGGUGGAAUUAG